GCGGUUGUUUUGCUCCACUGUUCCCAAGCGCGUGUCCGAGGCUACUGCUCGGUGGUCACGGGCGACGUGGCGACUCAGAAUCCUCGAUUGUAAUAUAGCGUAUAAGGAUGAACUGUCCUCGCGAUGCAUCUAACGUGUCAGCGUGUUUGGGUGUGAGAACUUUUUAGUGUGAGAGUUGCACAGCUGCUGCAAGUUUAGAAAGAGAACCGCUAGUUUUGCGCCUGACUGAGAAAUCAGGGUGUGUGCACUGUGUUUGUUUGUGUACCUGCUGUACUUUGACUCUGUGAGCAGGUCCAUGGGUCACUGCACAGUGAGUCUGUGAUUUGGAGUGUUAUGAUGUGGCAAUGUGUGUGUUCUCUCGUAGACACAGGACAGGAAUCUCUGCUGAACUGAGUGUGUGGCUGGCUUCAACACUGAGCAAAUAAUGGAGCCUAGAGGGCAGAACUGGAAUGAGCAGUGGCCACAGAACCAGCUGUCAGAUCACAGAGUCAGAGAUGAGCAGUACAGGUUUCAUUACACGGGAAAACAUAGUCAGUACCCUCAUGCAAAUAUAAGGGACAGUGAGAGACGAUGGUAUGCCCCAGAUCCACGUUACAUGUACUACACGAGUGGUGCUCCUCCUGCAGAGUUAGCAUACAGCAGCCAACCCUACACACCUGACCGAACUCGAUCACAAUCCAGGCAGGGAUAUGAUUAUCCUCCCCAGAGCUAUUGGGACUACAGGAGUGAAUACAGCUAUUACGAUCAUGGCUAUUAUAGAGGCCAUUAUGGAUACCCAGCCUCAGAUGCCAGUGGUUGUCCGGUGCCGGGAUGGACAUCAGGGGGGCAUCAGGAGUGGUCAGGAGCCACAUACACACCUCAGCAUGGGUAUGAGCUCAGAAGAGAUAGUGGACAGUACGAUGGAGGUGUUUCUGUGAGAGAAACCAUGGACACCAGGAAUGAAGCUGGAGAGGUAUCUGAAACUGGGGGCCUGGCUAGCUCUAAAACCUCCGGCUUGUCAUCCAGCACCUAUGAACUCAGCCAGUACAUUAAUGGAGAGGAGAGUGCUCCACCUCCAGUUCACUCAGUGCCUGAGUCCAAGUCAGUGGUUCCGCUGAAGUUCAGUGUUCCUCAUGUGGCUUUGAGCUUUGGGCCUGCAGGGCAGCUGGUGAGAGUCACUCCAGCUUUGCCAUCUCAUGGGGAACCUGCUCAGGUGGAGCUCCACAGCCUGGAGGUUAUACUGAGUGACACGCAUGAGCAGAAUGACAUGAGAGGCUUUCCUGGACCACUUGCGAGGGAGGAUCUGCAUAAGGUGGAUGUCAUUAACUUCGCACUGCAGAUGGCUGAUUCUUGUCUGAAGGGUGAAACCACACUCAAGGCUUCCUCUGCCUCCCUCCUGUGGCAUCUGCUGGUACUGCUGUGUAGACAGAAUGGGAGAAUUGUGGGUUCUGAUAUUGCAGAACUCCUACUUCGAGAAAGACACACUGUUGGAGCAUGUGAUGGAGAUGGCGGGCAGUCAGAUGUGGGCAGCCUCAUUGAUCUAAAUGAAACUCAAAAAUCAGGGAUGGAUAGCUUUAACACUUCAGAUCUCCUAACUGGAAAUCCGCUCAGUAGUGAAGAAACUUCAGGUCAAAACAUCCAGAACUAUACCAAACUCCUGCUGGCUGGAAGAAAGAAGGAAGCAUUGGAGUCAGCCAUGACAAGUGGAUUAUGGGGUCAUGCUCUGUUUCUGGCCAGCAAGAUGGACAGUAGGGCCUACAACACUGUAUUGAGUAGGUUCACAGGGAGUCUGUCUUCUAGUGAUCCACUCCAAACCCUUUUCCAGUUCCUUUCUGGGAGGAUCCCAGCUGUUGCCACAUCCUAUAGUAAGAAGUGGGGAGAUUGGAGGCCUCACCUUGCUGUUAUGUUAUCCAAUGAAACCGGAGAUUCUUCUAUGAACUGCAAGUGUAUCAUUAACUUGGGUGACACACUAGCUUCCAGAGGCCUGCUGCAUGCAGCUCACAUCUGCUACCUCAUGGCUCACACACCCUUUGGCUGGUACACAAACAAAUCACAGCAUCUGGUGCUACUCAGCAGCAAUCACAAUACUUCAUUUGCUGACUUCUGUCACAAUUCAGCCAUUCGUUGCACUGAGGUUUUUGAAUACAGCCAGAGAUUGGGAAACCCAUCCUUCAUCAUCCCUUCUUUUCUGGUAUAUAAGUUUGUGUAUGCAUGUCGAUUGCUGGAUUGCGGACUGUUCUCACAGGCCUUUCAUUACUGUGAGCUUGUAGCCAAAUCUCUGCUCACUGUACAAGAGCCAAACUUCAUACUGCUACAGGAAGUUAUCAAGAUGGUGGACAGGCUCAAACAUUCUGAAACACAGAUCUGUGAGACAGGCGCUGAUCCAGAGUGGCUGUCUCUCCUACGGCAGCAUCUGCAUAUGGAGAACUCUGCCAGUGAUGGUUUGUUCCACUUAGCUGCUAAAGCCACUGCAUGGAACCAAAAGGAGAACAGGGAGUGUGCAGAUUUUAACCAGGAUGAACUUUCCACCAGUGAGAUGAUCCACACUUCACUUAAUGAGGACAGUCAUAAUGGUUCAGGAAAUGUGCAUUUCAAUCAUUCUCAUUCUGCAGCACAUCCUCAAUACUCCUACUUCCCGGAGGAACAGUCGUACCUCCCAGAAACCCAAACGUGUGCUCCUGAAGAGCGACUUCCUCAAAUCUAUGCUCCUGUUCCCAUGUAUUCUCAUCAGAAUCUGGUCUCUUCUGAACUCUCACCAAUUCCUGCAGUUCAGGAUAGUGUUAAUCAUCCUGGCACCUCAUACCAUCAGUCUGCAUCCAGUCUGGAUCCAAUGAGCCACAAUAAUGCAGAUGCUGACUUCUACACUGGUAAUAACAUGAUGGGAGCUCCUAAUGGAACUGCUCUGGGAAGUGCUGAUCUUAGCAUGACGUCUCCUACCCAGGCUAAUACAAAUGAAACUACUAUUCAGAAAUCAGAAAAUGAAUCAAAGUCAGGAUGGUUUAGUGGAUGGUUCAAGUCAAAGCCAAAAGAAAUUCUAGAGGAACAGUAUGAACAAACCAAACCUGCUUUCAUGGAGUCAUCACACAAUCCGACCCUCCCUGCUCCACCAAAGGUCUCUUCUACCAUGCUGCCAUCACAGACCCAAGCUGCUGGCAUUAAUCCCUUUUCUAGGAGAGCUGGUCAAAAGCCCAGUACAGCUGUGGGCCAAGGUCCAUAAUACAGCUGGGCACAUGGGACUGUUCUGUUCAUUGAGAGGCUUAUAGGUGGUGUCAACCUGCUGAGUCUAGAUCACAACAUCUCAGCAUUCGACAUCAAUCAGAAACCCAAAGGUCAUGGUAUCAUGGUAAUCACUUAAUAUUUUUAGAGGGACACAAAUUAAUUAUUUGCACUAUUUGAGAUUACAUAAAAACCUGCAUUAGUGCAUUUGAGACAUAAGAGCUUAGAAUUCAUUAUCUUUCACUGAAGAAAUGAAACGGCAGAGAGCUGGAACUAAUAGUGAAGACUCUUGAAGUGUGGAGCUGUAGUUUUAGAUCAGAUUUGAAAUAUCAUAACAGCAUUGGUUGUAUUCUGCGAGCUUUUUUUUAUGACUAUGCAACAGAUUUCAGGAAAGCACAAAACUAGGUAACAAGUGCAUGAUGCAAGUUCCAGGUUUAUUACGCAAAAUAAGUCAAACUCCUUAUAGUAGCUGUCUCAUAAAAUGUUCAUGAUUUUUUUGCUGUAAAGGGAACAAAAUGCAAACAUUUUGUAUAUGAAAAUAUGUCCAUUACGUUUGUUCUAAUUUGCAAGAUAUGAUGCAAUUUGCACACCUAUUGAAGCAACUGAUCAAAUAUUUCAUUAAUUUAGAAGAGAAUGAGCAACAGUGGUACAUUUAAAUGUCUCAGAAGUAAUUUUUUUGUAUCUUCAACCUCAAUCCUGUUUAUUGAUGUGGGUUCAGUUUGGGUUUAUAUCCAUUAUGGGAACCAACAGUUUCGGAACAAAUUUGCUAAUGUACAUUAAAAUGUUUACUUGUAUGUCAGUAUUCAUUCUAUAAGAGCUUCUUUUAUAUGACCAAAUUAGGUGGGUCGUUUUCUAGAUUGGUAGGUUUAAUAAAUGCUCUGACUAAUAAUGAAUUCAGUGUAAAACAGUAUGCAAUGUGGAACAUCAUAAUUAUCGUCUCUUUUAUGUCACUUUUCAACAACGGCAGAAUAAUGACAAAGUGAUUGUCAGCUGUUCAGUUUAUGGCAAUAUCUUUAAUAAAUUUUGAGACUUUUGUAAAUAAUGUUUUGCUCACUGAGCAUAUCAAACUAAUUCUUUAUUAAGUGUAUCAAUUACUAUUUGUAUUAUCAGAAUAUGUUGGAUUUGUAAAUUAAUGUUUGAUACUGUAUUUUAUCUUGCACUAAGAUGAUUAACAUAUAUGUCACACAUAUUUGCUUUUGAAUAAUAGGAGGAAAUAAAAGGCACGUCUGCAUGUUA